CCCGGCGGGGGACGCGGGUCUCUGGGACGGGCAGGGCUCCAGCGGCCGCCGCGCUGGGGCAGCUCGGCACCCCCGGCCCCACGGGAUGAGCGCCCUGCGGGUACGAGGGUCGGGAGCUGAGUCUCGCCUCGUGCCUGUCUGCUCUUUCUCUCUUUUCUUCCAGACUGCUCUGUCUUGGGCUGGACGCGUUCCUCCUGCCUCCCGAAGCUGUGCUGGCAGGCUCCCUGCUUUCCCCUCGCAUUCCCGCUUCCCCCGGGGUUGGGCGCGUGCCCGCGGUGGCGGCCGGUGUUGGCCUCUGGGCGCAGCCCCCGGCCCCUCUUGGCAGCUUGGACCGUGCUUCUGCCCGGGCUGCCAGGGAGGUGCCCGGCGGCAUCCUUGUCCAUCUCUGCUGCUCUACAGCUACGGCUGUGAAAUCCUGGCGGGCAUGUCAGGGUGGGGAGAGCCACGCUGGGGCUGUGGCACACGCUGGAGCCGUGGCACACACCACUGCCCACACGCGUGGCACCCACGCAGGUGUUUGUGUUGCAGCCUCCCUCAAGUGCUUUCAUCUGCAGCGAAUGUUGAGGCAGACCGUGUAGUUAGGCUUUAUGGUGGAGUCAACAAAGCAGGUCUCUGCCCUCUGAGCUGGCUCUUGGGGGCUUUUUUGAAGGAAUCAACUUAGGGAACCUCAAGUAACCAGUCUUCAAGUUUUAGCUUGUCCUGCAUUUUGUUUGCCUCUGCUACUCUAAUGGCUGUGUUUCAUCUUCUAAUGAACACCUUCUGGAGUGCAGAGCUGUGUGCCUUCCCAGGGAGUUCCUCAGCUAGCAUGUACCCUGUUUGAGCGGCCUCUCCAAAACAAACGCGGUAACAGCACUUGUCUCUGGCACUAAGGUGUGCUUGUUCGGGAACUCACCAUGAGGUUCUUCCAAAUUGCUCCUUUACUCCUGAAGUGCAUUCUCAAAGACAGGGCUGUGAUAAGCAGCUGUUCUCAGUUUUGACCUCCAGAGGAUGGGCAGUGUUUUUCUUCUCAUUCACACCCUUUUUAACUCUGUCCGUCAGCCUUCCCCUCAAUUUCUUCUGUCCACUAGCUCUUCCAAGCCCAAUUUGGGAGGACAGUGCAGAGACCCAGGAGGCCACAUAAAACAGAAGACGUCCUCUCAGAGCCUCGGCUUGGGAGCCUUGCCUUCAGUGAAGGCAGGAGGGAUGGCAGUGCUGCUCUGGCUGUGCACUUUUUCAAGCGCUGUCAAGCACGAGGCAAGCUGAGCUGGCAUGUACUUUCCCCUCUGCUGUGAGGGGAAGGCGCAUAUGACGGAGGAAAUACAGCAAUACAGCUGUUCCAGAGCACUUCUGCCCUCUGUCCAGCGGGAGCACGUGAGGGGGGAGGACAGACGCAGAAAGGGAGAUUCAGGAAGAGAGUAUGGGGCGUUGGGGAGGGACGAGGGGAAGAGAGGAAAGCUACAAAUGGAAAGGAAAAGCUCUUUAUAUGUGCACAAAUCUUACUUAAAGAUCUGUUUAGCAAGAGCAAAUAGCCUAAAAUUAUGAAAUUGUAUCUCGAAUCCCUGUCAUUGUUCCUCCAGAAAGUGUGGCUUUUCUUUCCUUGAGUAUUAUGUGUGUCUUUCUGCCUCACUCUUUAGGCUCUUCAGCAUCCUCUGACCUCAAGCUGAGCAGGAUGUUGCCCUUAGCAUCUGCCUGUCAAAUGUGUAGUUCUCCAUGUUGUACAUGAAAUUAUUAUUUCCAUAGUUGGUUAAGGCAAGUUCCCGAGGAAUGUGAAGCAAGAGGCAUGCCAGUUCCUGUGGCUGGCCUUGACUGGAGUGCAGGCAUUUUGGGACAGGGGCUGUGCCUGGAGGCUGUGGUUACUCUAUGUGUUAUUUUGGCAGCUUAGGGAUUCUUCCCUCUGCUCCUGUCUCUCCCACCCUUAUGUCUUAUUGCUGUUCACCUGUUCUUCUGCCUGUGCUGCAUCUGCUUCAGCCUCUCUGAGUUAUCUGUGGGGUUGUGCUGAAAAGCUCAGAAGUCUGAGUAAGGAGUAAAAGAGAGCAGCUACUCCCUUGUCUGUAGAGAAGUACCCUCUCGGGCCUGUGCUGACUCUCCCCUGCAUCCUGCUUUGAGAUCCCUCACCUCAACAGCUAGGAAUUAAAGCAGUUGAAGCUCUCUAACUUUGUCCUAACUGCUGCUGCUGCCUUGCUGUUUCUUCUGAAAUGACACUUUUAACUUUCUCCAGGAUUGGUUUACUCUCUGAAUGGCAUCUGGUAGUAAGGCCCUGUCUUUGGGGACUGCAUGGCUACAAGACUACUAAACGUCCUUCUUUUUUUUUUUUUUCCCCAUGAAAAACCCAGUUACCUACCCCAGCAGGGUUUCACUGCUUUUUUACCUGUGUACUACUGAAAGUGUGCAUCUGAGAAAAGGUAUUGGCUAUAGAAGGAGCAGUUUCCCACCUGCGAUAACAGGAUUGUGCAACCUGGGAAAUGUUAUUGCAAUUUAAUUAACUUCAGAAAGUGUAUUCUGGACUGAAUUGACCAGACUUCCUUUUCUAUGCAAGCAUCUCCUGCUGGUGACCAGGUUUCUUAGCGAGAGCAGACAGAACUCAGCCUUCCACCAUGCCUGUGCCUCCCCCUCCAGCUCCCCCUCCACCCCCAACAUUGGCCUUGGCAAAUACUGAAAAGCCAUCUCUGAGCAGGUCAGAACAAGCAGGGAGAAAUGCUCUAUUAUCUGAUAUUACCAAAGGAAAAAAGCUCAAGAAGACUGUUACUAAUGACAGAAGUGCUCCAAUUCUAGACAAACCCAAAGGAUCUGGUGGAGGUGGUGGCGGUGGCUUUGGAGGAGGUGGCGGUGGCAGUGGCGGGGGUUUUGGUGGUGGCAGUGGUGGUGGCUUCAGUGGAGGUGGACCACCUGGCCUUGGAGGCCUUUUUCAAGCAGGAAUGCCAAAGCUCAGAUCUGCUGCGAGUCGAGAUGCUGACGCCGGGGGAGGCCGCCCGCCCGUCCUGCCGCCUGGAGGCCGCUCCGCCGCCGCCAAGCCCUUCUGCCCGCCGAGCGGCCCGCCGCGCUUCCCGGGGCCGCCCUCGGGGCCGCGCACCGCCGUCCCGGACCCGCAGAGGAGCCGCGUGCCGCCGCCGAGGCCCGACGCCGGCUCGAAGCCCGAGGCGGCACCGCCGCCGGUGCCCAGCACGCCCCGACCCAUCGCCUCCAGCCUGCACAACCGGGGGUCGCCGCCGGUACCGGGGCUGAACCGGCAGCCCAGCUUGGGGCCCUCGCCCCCGCCCUUCCCGGGCAGCCGGGGCGCGGGGUCGGCCGGGCCCCUCCGGCAGCCCGGCCCCGGCGCGGCGUCCCCGUUCUCGGGUCGGCCGCCGCUGCCGCCCACCCCGGGCCGGCCGGCGGAGGACAAGCCGCCGCCCCCGCCGCCGCCCCCCGCCGGGCACCGGCCGCCCGCCGCUCGGGAGGCGUCUCUGCCGCCGCCGCCGCCGCAGAACAGCAAGCCGCCCGUGCCCGCCGCCCCCCGGCCCGCCCUCGGCGCCCCGGCGCCCCCGCUGCCCCCCAGCAGGCCGGGGCCGCCCCCGGUCCCGCCCGCCCCUGCCGGCGGCGACGAGAUGCCGCGGCUGCCGCAGAGGAACAUCUCGCUGGGGUCGUGCCCGGCGCCCGGCGGGGGCCGCUCCGGACCGCUGCCCCCGCCGCCCGGCGAGAGGCCGCCGCCGCCCGUCAGAGACCCGCCCGGCCGCUCAGGCCCGCUCCCACCACCUCCUCCCAUAAGCAGGAACGGAAGCACUUCCAGGGCUUUGCCCACUACUCCCCAGCUGCCUUCCCGAGCAGGGCUGGACAGCCAGAGAGCUGGACCACGACCUCCGCUUCCCCCCGACCGGCCAGGCUCAGCAGCGCUGCCGCCACCACCGCCACCUUCAGCAGCUGUCAGAAACGGCUUCCAGGAUCCAGAUGAAUGGGAAAGCAGAUUUUCUUUUCAUCCGAUAUCUGAUUUGCCACCUCCAGAGCCAUAUGUACCCAUGAAUAGAAGUUAUCCCAGUAAACUAGCAAGAAAUGAAAGUAGAGGUGGGUCUGUCCGAAAAGAAAGAGGUGCCCCCCCGCUCCCACCGAUACCAAGGUGAAAUGGGUUCUGGCCCAUCUUUGGGUGACAUCUGUUCUCAAGUUUCCUUUGGGUCAGCUCUCCUGUCCACAUGACUGGAAAGUUGUCUGUCUUGAUUGAUUUCCACUUUUGGCUUGUCAGCUGGAACAAACUUCAGUCUCUAUUACAGAAGUAAUAGGUGUGGCUUAUGGACUAUAGUUGCUCAAAGCUAUGAGUUUUAUUCGCUUAUACUGCAGGCAUUUUGUGGACCUUACACAACGUACGUGCGUCAUGCUUACCGCAUCCAACCCUGUCCCCUGGAGAGCUCCAUGGGAGGUCUGGCUUUGAAUUUGAUAGAGCUUGAACGAAGCUGUUUCAUUCACUUUGGGUACAGUAGCUGUGUUAUUUUAAUGAUAAAGUAUUUGAUGUUUAAAAAAACAGUUGCUGGGUAAAAAGCAUAGCCAGGAGUCCCCUGGAUCCUUCUUUGCAUGCCUAACUCAGUCCAUCUGCUUCUGCAAGCCAUAGACCUACUACAUGGUGACAAAGAGUUCAUCUUUAACUUUUUCACUUAAGCUUAGUCAAGCAAAUCUUAAGCAAUGCACAGCACAUCCUGCCUCAAGGAUGGAGUGUCUCUGGCCUUGUUUUUAUCUGCAGAGAAUCUUCCAAAGAAAAGCACAAGUGAAGAAUUCAUCAGCAUAAAAAUAUGUAUAUUUUUUUAUCCCCUCUUUCCUAUUUUUUUAGUAGUGUUAUGUGUUCUGUGACCUAAUUCUUUCCUACUCUUACGUGGACCAACCCACAUCAUGUCAUCUGUACCCUGGAUUACUGUAAUGCCCUCUGCCUGAUACUGCAUGUGAAGAGUCCUCAGAAAGUAGUCUGGGUGCAAACGCAGCCUGUAGUUUCAGGCUCCUCCUGUAAAGCAUCACUAAUGCCAGUGCUCCACAGACUGCUUUCCAGUUGUUUCUUUGGUACAACUAAAUGAUGGGGUUUGAUUUAUAAAGCUUCUUGGCACUUAGGUAACAGAGAGCUUGUAUUUGACUUACCUUAUGGUAGAGCAGCCAAGGUGAAAAAUGUUCCUAAGUGAAAGCCCUUUGAUGUUCUGAAGGGGGUCCGAGGUUUGUGCAUUCAAGUGGGAGCAUCCAAAAUUUGGUGUCUGCACUGGUUCAAGAGAAAUGGAAAGAUCUGGUCUUCUGAGUUGGCCAUGAAGCCUGUCCUUUCAAACUUUGCUGAAAGGAGUCUCUACAGAGAACUGCAAGGCUUACAUUAAUAGAAGACAGAGUAAAGUAUUCUAACAUUGUGACAAGUGGUUAAUAUGUUUAAUGGCUUUUGAAUUUGUGUAUGAGAAAAGAGCUCAUUGUAUGAGUGAAUUUUACAAGUGGAUCUAAGUGUGUAUAAAAUGCCUUUGGAAAUUAAGGAAGAUUAUCAUUCUGGAUUUGAAAUAUUGGUGAAUGAUAGUUCUUUGUUAAUUGGACCUCUGAAGUUUAGCCCUGAAAAAUUACCCCUCAGUCUCAUCAGCAGUAUGUUUCUUCAGUGUGCUCCUUGGGAUCCCUGCCAAGCCUGUGUCAGCAGCCAUGCAUGGGUGUUGCUCAAAAAAACCCAAAAUAAAACAUAAAAACUAGUCAUGUAGGUUAAGAAAAUGUUUCUCUAGCAUGGGAGACAUGAUCCUAAGUACACUCUGUGGCUAGAAUGAGGUCAGUCCUUGAAAAUCUAGGGAAUUUAGCCAGAGAGUCUGGACCCUACUGAAAUGUCUGUGCAUAGGGCUUUUUGCUCUGUUUGUGAGUGGGGAGGGGCAGAUCCACUUUCUGCCUGGCAGCCUGGACAUCGCAUUGAAGGGGAUGAGACCAGAGUCAGAUUUGGCCAGAUCAAAUUUAAUUUGGUCUUUUCAGUGUUUGUUUACAAAAUCUUGUUAGCUGUGAUAGCAUUUGAUCAUGUACCUGUUUUUUACAGUUUUAUAUCUAAUGACCUAUUUUAAGUUACUGUUUAUGGUCUUGAACCUGCAAUUAAAUGCGCAGGCGCAGGGAUGUAUCUACAUCCAGUUGCAGGAUCGUGGCUGUAAGAGUUUCUUAAACAGAUAUUGGUGGGACCUCCAUGUGACAGGUGCACCUUGGGAUCAAACCUGGCACAAUGCUGAAUUUGUAUAUGUAUUUUAUGGAUGUCACUUAAACAAAGUGCCUAUCUCUUUUGGAUAUUAUUUUGUGAAUAGAAGUCCAAAUAAGAUUUUUAGGAUAAUAACUUAAAGGAUAAAUUAUUGUAUUCAUAUUUUAAAACCGAAGUACAGAAUAACUUUCUAAGGAAAAAUAUUUUGAAUUCAAGAAUACAGUAUUUUCAAUACCUUGACCUGCCAAAUCCUUGUUAAUAUCCAAAUAGCUAUGCAGCCAAAAAAAACCCCCAGCCCUCCAGAAAUUAUAUCUUUUUUAUAACUUAGCUGCUUCCAACAUGACUGUUUUAUUUUGAUAAGUCAAUGAAAAUGCUGCCCAAUGUUCUGCCACCUCUCUGUAUCAUAGAAAUUAUCCUGUAUUUGAUCUUUUCAGCAAGGUUUUCUGACCAGAAAUCUGGACCACUACCAAAGACUUGGAAAACCAGCUUCAGUUUCACUUUAAAAUGUGCCAUGUAAAAGGCCCCCAGUUAACAAGCCAAGAAUCUUGAGCUGCUUAGGUUUUAGCAAUUCUUUUUUUUUUUAGAGAUGUUUGGCAUACAUGUAAAAUAUCUUAACACUGCAGAAAGAGGCAUUUUUGUUCACAUAACAACAGCGUUUCCAUUUAUAUGUUUUGCUGUAAAAGUCCUUAGAUAUAUUCCAGAACAAUGCAGCCUUUUAUCAUUCAAUAUAUUGCUUCAUGUAGCAGUAGCUAUUUACAAUAUGAUCAGUAUUAAAAUAUUUAUUUCACUAUGAAGUGUUAAAAAAGAGUAAUACAAAACAGAUUGAAUCAAUGGUGCCUUAUGACUUUUUUAGUCAACUUUUCUGUGUCUCAAUAGAAGAAUUAAUAGAUGUUGCUCUUCCAGGUCCUAACAUAAACAGUGCCGACAGUAGCAUUUUACGGUGUUUGAGCCAAGCCCUGCUGUUGUUAUGUGCUUGAUCUGCUAACUCCAGGUGGAGCUCAGUGUAUGGAGAGACCACUGGAUCAGUGUGUGUUGGUGAGGUGUAUGUGGGCCCUGGUUGGCUUCACAAGCAAUUGCUGGGAUUGCUCUGAAAAUUUAGACCUGUCCCAAAACCAGUGUCUGACACUGCUGCCCACACAGCCCAGCUGAUUUCAGUGUGGUUGCAUAGGUUACAGAACUAAAUUUGGUUCACUGCCUGCAUAUCAGAUUUGCUGGGUUUGUUUCAAUGGCAUUGUAUUACAAACCUUCACACCUCAUCUUCUAAUGUUAUUGCUAAGGCUCAGACUGCGUGACAACAGCCACGGAUGUUCAUUUUUGUUUAAUUCAACUCCGUAAAUAAAAUGAGAAUAAUUUUGUACCAUGUAAAAAUAAUUUCUGCUCUAUAUUUUUGGAAGAAAAGCACAUGUUAUGUUUGUUAUGACUUUCUGCACCAGCUGUUGUGUGAAGAGGUCACAGUGAUGAAUGUUCAGAGUUGUUAAAGGAAACUCAGCUUGUGAUUCAGGAAGUGUAUAUUUCUGUAAAUGAAAUAAAUAACAUUGCAAAGUUCUUGUUUAAAAGCCAGCGUUUCCCAACACUAAAAGAAUCAUAAGGAUUUUUUUUUUUCUGCAAGACAGAACUGUGAAAGAAGUUCCUUUUAUUGUCAUUUUAAAAACUGGUAGUUUCUCCUUGCAGCAUCAACUGUUUACAGGACACUUGUAGAAGCAGAUCUGUCUUGGAGCAGAGGAUAAAGGAGCCAAACUGCUAUCAUGCCUCACAUGUAUUGUAACAAAACAAUUUUCUGUGCAGAAGUAUGGAAAUAGAAAGGGUACUUUUUGCCUUGGAAGAAAAGAAUGGAGUUAAGUGAUCAAACCAAGAUUAUUGUAAGCAGAAUGUCAAAUGUUGAGAGACCUAGAGAGGGCCCCUUGGCCACAGGACGCUGGAAAAGAGAAGAUUGCUCAAGGAAAUAAAAACCAAUUGGCUGAAUGUUGUUACCAGUACUAGAGUAAAAAUUAUGGUAUAAAAUAUGCAUGUUUGUAGUUCCACAUCACAGUGGUGUCAACAGCUUUGUCUCACAGCUGGGUGCAAACAACCUGUUACAGCGGUACAUUGACUCCAUGUAACACAGAUUGUGUGAGCUUUAAUCUUUCAAACAGUAUUCACCAGAAAAUAAGGAGAAUCUCUCACCUAAGAUAUCCAGGAGCACAUUAAGUGCAAAUUCAUGGAAUGGUUCUUCAUGUACAUUGGAAGAAAACAGGGACCUUGUAGCCUGUAGGAUGGAUGUGUUUGGACCAUUCAGUUAAAAGGUAAACUGGAGCAUUGGCAAAGAGAGGAGUAUUGGAGUAACUCAGGCAGAAGCAGGGCAUGUGUAUAUGGUCUCAGUGAGUAUGCAGCAGGUGGGUGUGCUGACUAAAAAAGAAAAAAUGGAAACUACAUAUCUUAAAAAAGGGAGUAACCGUUUCUGUGUGUUGCCAUUUUGAAAUACAGUGUCUGUGAUAAAUAUUCCUUAGUGUAAACUAAUGCGUGCAGAGGAAGACAUCUAAAUUUGGACUUCCAAAGCCACACAAGAGAGAGGGAAACAUAAAAUAGGCUGAGCAGAAAGUAACAUUUCUAUCAGAUGCUUAAAGUUUGAGCUUUUUAUAAAAUAUUAAUCUGGUUCUGUGAAAUUUUUUGCUUAACAUGUAUUUUGUAAGUGAUUUUGUUCUCCUUAUUUUUCUGUCCUAUACCAAAUAAAUUUUACUUUUAUUUAA